AUGAAGAUCACACGCGUCUCUACCGACUUCUUUCGGUGGGCUCCUCCUUUCCGCUUCGAAGGCGUGGGACGGGCUCUCUGCCAAAAGGUGGUGCGUUACACGCGCGCCUUCACCCACAUCACCCGUCUGCAGGAGUCCGUCCCCGUCAGGAGCCUGAACCGUUGUUCGUCUCCGGCGUCGUCCUCUCGCAAGAGGAACCCGUUGAGGCCUGUUAAGAAUGGCGGUGUUGUUGCUUCUUCGGCUGCCGCCUGGCGCAAGAACAAGGCAGUGAAGGCGGCGCGGCUUGCCAAGGCAUACGAGGCCCUGGAUCGCAUCUCGCCCAUCGGGGUCGAUGACCAGGGCUUCGCGGUGCACUUGAGCGACGCCGUGAAUCCGGAGUGGUGGGCAGACAUUGACUGGGACGCCAUUCAGGAGGCCGAAGAGGCGACAUACCGCCAUUCUGAACGACAUAUUGAGGAUUGCGAAAUGACGGACAUCGAUGCUGUCGAAGAGGAGGGUGAGCCAAUGGACUGGUUGCCAUCGCCGGCGCCAUACUUGGUGGACCAGCACAGCCUGGUCCCACCACCUCAUGGCCUCUUCUCUGUGCAUGCGCAGCCUGUUCCGGAGAUGCCAGUGUGCGACGAGACGAUGGUCGAUGCGCCAGCUUCCGCUUCCUUCACGACACCCUCUCCUCCUGCUGGAGUCGACACCUUCAAGCAACCUGUGGCCAAUGAGCCCUUGGUUGAGGCGAUCGCUCCCACUCCUGUCCCGACAUACACUCCUCCGCCCACCAUCGGCGCCUUCGUGCAGAGGUGUUUCGACGAUUGGCACAAGUCUGCUGUGUUCCCACCCACCAGCGACCACGCUUUACCCACAACCACACCACCUACGUCACCUCUUCCAUUCUCCUCUUCCACUGGUGCCACCACCCACCAGGAAACGACCAUCAAUGAGGCAAUCCUUGAGACGGCUCCACCCCCAACGGCCAAUGACGACCCUGUGGCGACCGUCCCCCAGGAGUACGAGGUCUUCAUUGAGGACGCGAAGGCGUUCGACGUUGGUCAGUUAAAGGAGCCAGGACCACAUUUAAAGCAGAUGAUCCACGCCAGCUGGCAGCCUGACUUCAAUGGCAACCAACUCAACAGCCUCGCCAAUUAUCCGUCGCAUCCAUGGCGCUUCAAGCUUGACGCGACGCCAAACUUCCCCUGCCCGGAACCAGGUCACACUGUCCCUCGACUCGACGCUUCCCGCCAAAAGGAGAUGACAGAGCACUACAUGACUCUUUGGAAGGAGUACCCUUGA